GCAAUAGCGGGGAUGAACCGCCUUCUUUAGUGCCAUGACUCGGGACGCUACCCAGUAGGCGCUUAUUGGAAAGCUGGGGAGGGAAACAGAAAGAAUCGGGUGGUAGUAGUUUGACCAGCGAUGGCAGGCAGGUAAAAACUGCGCGACUGAAGCCGCUGAAAUGAGCGACAGAGCCGAGACAAGAGGGCCCUUAACCCGCCGGAGGAGGACGACCAUCUCCGGCGUUGGUGGCGGCGGCGGCGGCGGAGGAGGAGGAGGAGGAGGAGCGGUCGGCGUGAAGCAAGCCAACGGCACCAAGUGGCACGAUGCAGGGGAGAGACCUCCGCACUAUCCCGCCAAAGCCAAAACAGAGGACGAGGUGCACAGGCAUGCAAGUAACAACGGCAAGGUGGGCAGAGAGACGGGGAUGUCAGGGCAGCAGCAGCAGCAGCAGCAGCAGCAGCAGCAGCUCCUCACAAACAGUCCGCGGAAACAGAGGAGUGCAGUGGAAGAUAUCAACGAGAGACUCAGCUGUCACGUCCUCCAGGAGUCUCUCUUGAGCUCGGCCAGCGGCUACAGCAACUACAGAGGAAUCCUCAACUGGUGUGUCGUCAUGCUGGUGCUGAGUAAUGCACGUCUCUUCUUGGAGAACAUCAUAAAGUAUGGCAUCUUGGUAGACCCUAUCCAAGUGGUGUCUCUCUUCUUAAAGGACCCCUAUAGCUGGCCAGCAGCUUGCCUCAUCAUUGCGUCAAAUGUGUUCAUUUUAGCAGCCUUGUACACAGAGAGACGUCUGGCUGUUGGUACCAUUUCCAAAACUACGGGACUAAUCCUUCACAUGUUUAACCUGACAUCCAUGUUGAUCUUUCCUUCAGUCACAGUACUCACUGUGAGCUCCAUGACCCCAGUGGGUGGUGUGCUCUCCCUAGGUGUCUACACAGUGCUGUUUCUGAAGCUGUACUCCUACCAAGAUACCAACAGGUGGUGUAGAGAACUCAGACAAGCCAAAGCCAAAAGAAUGACACGGUCAUGUUCGUGUCCGUCCGUGGCCCAGUCCAAUGGUUCAGCAGCUCAUUCUCAUGUCUCCUACCCAGGCAACCUCACCCACAGAGACAUGUACUACUUUGUCUUUGCCCCAACUCUCUGCUACCAGCUCAACUUCCCACGGUCACCUCGAAUACGUAAAAGCUUCCUGAUGAGAAGACUUUUUGAAAUGCUUUUCUUCAUGCAGCUGCUGGUGGGACUAAUACAGCAGUGGAUGGUUCCCACUAUACGGAACUCAAUGAAACCAUUCCAGGAAAUGGACUUUUCUAGGAUGGUGGAGCGCCUGUUGAAACUAGCCGUCCCUAACCAUCUGAUAUGGUUAAUAUUCUUCUACUGGUUUUUCCACUCCUCUAUGAACUUUGUGGCAGAGCUGCUGCAGUUUGGAGACAGAGAGUUCUACAGGGACUGGUGGAACUCUGAGACUGUCACUUAUUUCUGGGCCAACUGGAAUAUCCCAGUGCAUAAAUGGUGCCUCAGACACUUCUAUAAGCCAAUGUUGAGGAAGGGGAUCAACAAGUUUCUGGCUCAAACCGCUGUCUUCCUGGUGUCUGCCUUCUUCCAUGAGUACCUGGUGAGCGUUCCUCUGAAGAUGUUCAGACUCUGGGCCUUUAUGGGAAUGAUGGCUCAGGUCCCUCUGGCUUGGUUUGUGGGUCGCUUCCUGAACGGAAACUAUGGAAAUGCAGCUGUGUGGAUCUCGCUCAUCAUUGGCCAGCCUGUCGCUGUGCUGAUGUAUGUCCAUGACUACUAUGUCAUUCAUUACGGGAGCACCACAUAGUACUGGACGAAUGCACACGCACACAGACACACACACACCAGCCCGCAGUGAGUGAAUGUAGAGGAAGUUAAGGCGACAGUUACGCUAAUAUGAACCUGUCAGUAAACCGCAGCAACAGCAGGAAAAUUUUCUUGACUUUUGCGUUUUUUUGCACUUAAGAGAAAUAGACUACAGUAUAUCGGGAACGUAUUCUAACAACAUGACAAGUGCUUGAUUCAAAGCAAUAUUCCACUUUGGUAUGACAUACACCUUUUGUGGUCUGCUGCUAGUAUUAGCAAACCUCCGGAGCCGCCAUCACUCUCAUCCCUCAUUAUCGGUUUCUGGCGCAGGAUGUUUAAGCUCUAAACACUUCAUCCUGGACCCAAAGUGAAAUAGCAGUUGGAUUUCUGUUAUUUGAAUUGAUCCUCAACUCUUUUCUUAGUAGUACAAUUUUAUCAAAAACAAAAGAAAAUGUGUGGUGCUAAGUUUUCCUAGAGUGGCCGAUUUAUUGGUGGUUGAUGAUCCAUGAGCUCACACAGAGGUUAGGUGCCCUGAACGAAACUGUCCUGGUUAAGCUUUAACAAUUUCUUGAAAUUCAAAAGCAUUUUAAUGCAUUCAAAAGUGGAAAGACGGCUUUCAGCCAAGCACCACUCCUGAGCUGUGGAUGUUUAAAAAUGCACACGCUGUCCUGUGCAGCAAAUAUGAGCCACUGUCGCGUGAGCACAAGCCAGAACAGGAUCCUGCCUCCAUAGAGCCAAUAUGAAAAUGUUUUUUCUAUAUUAGUGGUGGAGAAUUUGCUCUUUUCUUGUAUCCAAAGGCAACAGAGAAAUUGUACACACAGUGAGUUUGUACAUGUAUUCUGUGUGUGUGUGUGUGUGUGUGGGUGU